AUGGAGGUGAGCACCGUGUCUCCUCUUUUAACCUCACCCAGUGAUGGACCUGGCCAGUGCGAGAUCAAGGUCUCCAGUGUGGCCAUGCACAUUGUGACCCUGCUCAUCAGCCUCUGUGGGCUGGCUGGGAAUGGGGCUUUCCUCUGGCUCCUCCACAUUAAUACCAUCACUGACUUCAACUUCCACCAGGCCGUCACUGACUUCCUCUUCCUCAUCUUCAUGGUCCCCUCCGCUCUGCUCUUCCUUGUGGAGGAACUGUCCUGCUCUGCUAUAAUGGCCCCAAUGUAUUUGAGCUUACUUUUCCAGCUGUCACUAUUCUCCUACAAUGUCGGGCUGUCCCGGCUGAUGUUCUUCAGUAUUCAGAGGUGCAGGUCCAUCCUCUGCCAGUUUUUCUGUGGUUGCCAACUUGCUGAGCGCCUGCUGUGGGUGGUAAUGAGUGUCCCAUACUGGGCUUUCCUCUUCAUUGUCAUUGCUGUCAAUCCAGUGGUGACCUCCCUGUGCGAGUCACACGAGCAGGAACAAUGCCAGGUGGCUCUCACCUCCAUGUACGCCCUCAGCCUCUUCCUAUUUGCUGCACCCGUGGUUGUUUCCAGCACAAUCCUCUUCAGUAAUUUCAAGCCUGGCUCCCAGCAGCAGACACCCAAGAAGCUCGACAUUGUUAUCAUCCUUGUUGCACUCUUCAGUCUGCCCCUCAGUCUCUGGUCUCUCCUGCAGCAGCUCGGUUACACAGCUGUGCCCUCCCAGGUGGUUUUCCUGCUCUCCUGCAUCACCAGCAGCAUCAAACCCUUCAUCUACUUCUUGGUGGGGAGCUGGAAGAGAGACUGCUCCAUGAGGAGCUGCUGGAGACACUGCUCCAUGCAGAGCUGCAGGAGGCACUCCUCUGUGCAGUCCCUAAGGAAGGCGAUCCACAGGGUUUUUGAGGAGCCAAAAGAAAACAUUUCCUGUGGAGAUGAUCUAACCAUGGUCACUGGAGUCUGAGUCUAUUGAUCCCUUGCACUGCACUGCUGAAGGACCCUGGGACAGUGGCUGAGAGAUUCCUUGAGUCUCCUGGUCAGUAAAUGCCCACAGUGUCACCCUCCCUGUGCUGGGGCAUCCCCAGCCCCU